UCAGAGCUUGAUUCCUUUUCAGCUUGAGAACUGCACUGGGUACCAUAGGAACACCUGGGCCAUGGCUGUGGGGAGGAAGAAGGGCGCUCCGAAAGUGAAGAUCACUCUCAAAAUGGCCAAAAACGCCCUGAGGGUCACCGCGGAUGGCAGACAGCGUCUCGACCUGAGCAAGCUGGGCCUGGACGCCUUCCCAAAGUGCAUCCUGAAGCUCGCCAAUGUGGACGAGCUGGACUUGAGCCGUAACCGCCUGCGGACGCUGCCGGACUGCAUCGAGCGCUUCGCCAACCUCCGCCGGCUGGACCUGCACAGCAACCGGAUCGAGCGGCUGCCAGACGCCAUCGGCCGGCUCCAGAGCCUCCGCCACCUCAACCUGUGCGACAACCGGCUCAGCGCCGACGGUGUGCCGGCCGCUGUGGCAGGCCUGACGGAGUUGCGCUCGCUCAACCUGGGCAUGAACCGGCUGGAGAGUGUGCCGCCCGCCGUGCUGGGCCUGGCGGAGCUGCGUGAGCUGGGCCUCUUCGACAACCUGCUGCGGGGCCUCCCUGAGGGCCUCGCGGGCCUCCCGCACCUCUGCCGGGUUAACGCCGCCCGCAACCCCGUUGCUGCGCCCCACGCCGGCAGCUGCGCCCAGGGCGCCGACCCCGCCUCACGGCCGGAGCGCCUGUACCUGCCGGACGAGGGUGACCUGUGCAAGCCCUGUCUCCAAAAGUGCAGGGAGGCGACGGCCAAGCUGCACGGGAGGGGGCACACUGAUGCAAUCAGGAGGCCCGAUUUCUCCAGGCUGAGCACCCCGAACUCUGUGGCAUGGGAGACCCAGGCGGUGUGGAGGAUGAAAACUCCAGCACAGGGUGACCGCAGAUAG